AUGGCGUCUGCUGAUCUGAGACAGGAGCUGGACUGUUUCAUCUGCCAGAACAUUGCUCCUGUAACCCUGAUAUGUGGUCACAACUUCUGCCCGGACUGUCUGUUUCAUACAUUGAAUACAAAGGAGGAGUCUGGACUUUAUGCUUGUCCUGUUUGCAGGGCAGAGUGCCCAGAGCGCCCUGCACUGCAGAGGAAUGUAACUACGUGUAACGUAGUGGGGAGUGUCCUGUAUACUCAGUCAGAUCAGAAGGAGACUGGGAUCUUCUGCACUUACUGCAUUCAUUCUCAUGUACUAGCUGCUAAAACUUGUCUGCAUUGUGAGGCUUCCCUGUGUGAUAACCACCUGAGGGUACACAGCCAAUCACCAGAACAUGUCUUAUGUGAACCCACCACUUCCCCGGGAAACAGAAAAUGCUCCAUCCAUAAGAAGAUCCUGGAGUACUACUGCACUGAGGAUUCAGCCUGUAUCUGUGUGUCCUGCUGUUUGGCCGGAGAGCAUCAGGGACACCGGGUGGAGAUGAUGGAUGAGGCCUUAAAGAAAAAGAAGGAAAAACUGAGGGAUGUUCUACAGAAUCUGACCACAAAGAGAGACAAGAUUGAGAAAAGUCUUCAGGAGCGCAGGAGACGAGAUCAGAAAAAAGCAUCUGAUAUAACAGAGAGAGUCGCUGCCCUGUUUGCCGACAUCAGGAAAGAGCUGGAAGACCUAGAGAAGAGAGUGUCCAGUGAGAUCUCCAGGAAGAAAGAGUGUAUUUCACCCUCAAUCACUGCUCUGGAAAUAAAGAAGGACGAGUUGUCCAGGAAGAUACAUCACAUGGAGGAGCUAUGUAACCUAUCUGAUCCAGUGACUGUCUUACAGGAACCAGACACAGGUGACUUGUGUGAUACUGAGGACAGAGAGAGACAUUACUCAGAGGACCCUGAUGUAGGAGAUCUGGAUCUGGGUCUCAUCUCACAGACAAUAUACAGAAGACUGUCUGAUAUAAUAAAAGGGAUCUGUGUGCAGGAACCUAAAGACAUAUUACUGGAUGCAAACACAGCUGGUAAUAAGUUACGUAUAUCACGGGACAUGAAAAUUGUAUCUGAGACAUUUAAAGUUGAAAAUUGUCCAGAAACACCAGAAAGAUUUCAGUAUAAUCAGGUAUUAAGUACUGGGACUUUUUCCUCAGGGCGACAUUACUGGGAAGCGGAUGUUAGUAAAUCAAGGAACUGGAGGGUGGGGAUGUGUUACCCCAGUAUAGAGAGGACAGGAAAUGAGUCCCUGAUUGGAGAGAAUAACAAGUCCUGGGGUUUGGAUAGGACCCGUAAUCAGUAUUCAGUGAGACAUGACAACAGAGAGAUCCAGUUACCUGACAAGAUUCCCUGUACUAGAGUCAGGAUAUGUCUGGAUUAUGAGGCUGGAGAGCUGUCCUUUUAUUCUUUGUGUGAUCCGAUUACACUCUUACACACUUUUACUACCACAUUCACUGAGCCCCUUCAUGCUGCAUUAGGUGUAUGGAAAGGUCAUAUAAAGAUUUGUGGGGGAGUCAGGACCUGGGAGAAACAAAACUAA